AUUUUGAAUUAAAUCACCGUGUACUUCGUAAGCGAAUACCAAUCAACUACUCUGUAGAAGAAGAAGAUGUUGCAGAAGGUGUUCUUGCAGAAGAAGAAGAAUGCCUUAAAGAUGGCGAAACCUUAUUGCCUAAGCAAAGAAAAAGAAAGCGGCAAGUGGUACGAGGUCAAGUUGCUGUGGACCAAAAAGAGACAUCAGAUAGGGUCUGGGAGAGCUCAGAGUGUGGCCACUGUGGAAGGGUAUUCAGCCGAAAGUAUAACUAUCAGAGACAUUUCCGACUGGUACAUGCUGGGAGAAGGUCAUACAAGAAAUAUAAAAGAGUGGGAAAAGUUAGGUUGGAAGCAGGGCAAAGGGCCCAGAUUAAUGAGGACAAUCCUGAUGUCAAAACACUUUCUAAAAAACAAAUCCCUAAUGACGGUAAACCAGCUGAGAAUGGAGAGAAGCCUUUUGUAUGUGACAAGUGUGGCAAAAGUUAUUCCUCUUCUGCAUUUCUUCAAAACCAUCAACAAAUGCACUGCGCUGUCAAAACCGUUCCAGAGAAGCCUCACAAGUGUUCAGUAUGUGGAAAAGGCUAUUCCUACCUCGAGUCACUUAAAAAACAUCAACUAGCCCACUCUCCGCUCAGUCCUGCUAAGAACAAAUUAAGUGAGAAGCCCUACAAGUGCAGUCAGUGUGAGAAAGCAUAUUCAUAUCUAGCAGCUCUCCAUAAACACCAGCAAAAUCAUGGAGACUUCUUGCCAUUUAAAUGCCCCGACUGUGGAAAGCAAUAUCAACACUGGUCACUCAUGAAAAUCCACCAGCGCAAGCAUACCAAUGACCAGCCUUAUCAAUGCCUCCAUGCAGCAAAAAAUUCAAGCACAGGUGUAGUCUGUACCAGCACCAGGUCACACAUAAGAAACCACACAGGUGCCCAAUAUGUGACAAAGCGUUUGCCACAGCACAGAGCAUGAGAAGUCACCAGAAACUACAUCAAGAGAAGCCAUUCAGGUGUCCACAAUGCCCUAAGGGAUAUAGUACAGAAAGUUUGCUCAAGGACCAUCUUUCUAGUCAUGCUGGAAAAAAGAUCUACAAUUGUAAUGACUGUGGGAAAAGUUUUAGAAAUCUCAACAAUCUGCAGGAUCAUCAAAACAUACACACUGGUCAGACACCCUACCAGUGCCAGUUGUGUCUCAAGGAGUUUUCAUGGCUUGGAAGCUUAGUAAAGCACCAGAAAGUCCAUGAUAAAAUGAAUACAUCUGCCAAUGUCCCAACACAAGCUGUGAUACCCGGUCCAUCAAAAAAGAUUCCAAAGAAGAGAGGAAGAGGGAGGAGGAAAGGUUUUCGGAAGCGCAUGGCUCUUCUUAAGAAGAAGAACAUUGCAGUGGUACAAGAAAUUAACGCUGAGAUGCCAGACCAAAAUGUUAUUGAGACAUCUACUGAAAACCAGAGAACAGAGGACAAGGAGGAACCUGUGAGACAAGAGAAAGAGGAAGAAAAGUUGCUGCCAGAAUCAGCUGAGCCACAAAAAGAAAAUGUUUCUGAGACCCCUUCCCAGCUCAUUGAAGAAAAGGUGACUAGUGAUUCCUUGGAGGUACAAAACAAUGAUGUGAAACAACAUUCAUCUAAUGAGACAGAACAGCAGCCAGCUGAAGAUUCCAUUACAGAGACUGAUGACCUCAUAGUGCAGGCCAAGCCUAGUGAUACAGAGCCAAGUAUACCAGAUACAGAAGAUCAAGAAGAAACCAGAGAAGACACACAGACUGAUUCUCAGCAAGAAAAAGUUGAAGACUCCUUGACAAAUAAAUGCAUAGAGAUUCAAAGAGAUGAUAUACAAAAAGAAACGGUAGAGAAACCCAAAGAAAGCUUUCCCUCAAAGUGCAUCAACCUGGAUCGUAGAGGAGUUCUAGAACAAAAGUGUGCAGAGCUAAAACGCAAAGUCAUGCAGAGCAAGUCUUUAGAAGACUCGUCAGAUGCUAGUCUCCCAAAUAAAACCACACAAGGGCAUGGUGGUGUCUUGGAGCAAAAAUGUGCUGAGCUUCAACGAAAGGUGGUAUGGAAUGAGACACUUAAAGAGCAGACGGAUAAACUGAAUUCUAGCCGAGUUCAUCAAGAACCAAGAGGUGUUUUGGAACAAAAAUGUGCAGAACUGCAGCAGAAAGUUGUCCGUAGAGAGAUGUUUAAGAUACAGAGAAAUGAGGUCCCCCUGAACAGGCCUGCACAAGAACGAAGAGGGCUCUUAGAAAGAAAAUGUGCUGAGCUGCAACGCGAAGUUGUAAGGAAGGAAAGGUUGAGGGAGCAAAGGGACAAGGCAUACAUAAGCUGUCCAACACCUGAGCAAAAAGUAACUUUAGAACAAAAAGUCACCGAGGUGCAACAAGAAUUAGCUCAAAAGGAGAUGCUUAAAGGGAGAAGGGAAAUGAUGCACCCAAGAAUUCCUGUGAAUGAACACAAAGGUUUUCUGGAAAGAAAGUGCACAGAGCUGCAGAGAAAUUUUCUGCAGCAUGAGAAGAUGGCUGAGUUAAGAAACAAGGUUUCUCCAAAAACCAAUACACAGGAGCAGAAAAGAAUUUUGGAGCAGAAAUGUGCUGAGCUCCAGAGGAAGCUUGUGUAUCAGGAAAAAUUAAAGGAACAAAGACAUGAUAUGCACCCAGUCACACAUUCUCAUGAUCAGAGAAUGAUAAUGAAUCAAAUGUGUGUGGAGCUACACAAAGAAAAAUCAAAGGAUCAGAGAGGAGAGAUCCAUCCAUACCCUUAUCCUUAUCCCUAUGGAAAGAAAAUGGCAUUGAACCAGAUGUGUGUAGCACUACACAAAGAAAAGACAAAAGUACAAAGAGAAGAGAUUCACCCCUACACACACCCACAUGGGCAGAAAAUGGUUCUGAAUCACAUGUAUGCAGAGCUGCACAAAGAGAAGCCAAAGGAGCACAGAGGGCCCAUCCACCCAUAUACUUACACACAUGGACAGAAAAUGGUUUUCAAUCAGAUGUGCUCAGACAUGCACAGGGAAAAGGCAAAGGAGCAGAGAGGAGAGAUGUAUCCAUAUAUUCAUCCACAUGGCCAAAAAAUGGCCCUGAAUCAAAUGUAUGUGGAUCUGCACAGAGAGAAGGCAAGGGAACAUAGAGAGGAGAUUCACCCAUACACUUAUCCACAUGGACAGAAGAUGGUUCUGAAUCAUAUGUAUGCAGAGCUGCACAAGGACAAAUCAAAAGAACAGAGAGCAGAGCUUCAUCCCUACACUCAAGCUUAUGGACCUAAAAUGGUCUUGAAUCAAAUGUGUUCAGAAUUUCACACAAAAGCUAAACAACAGAGGGAUGAGAUAAACCCAGGUACUUCUCCACGUGAACUAAAGAGGGCUUUAAAUCAGGUUUGUGAAGAGUUACAGAUGAGGAACCAUUGGAAUGUGAUCAACCCAAACAUUUCCCCUGAGCCAAAAAGAACUCUAGAACACAAGAUGGAAAUGCACAGGGGGAUUGUACAGAAAGGGACCAUGAAGGGACACAGAGAUGGUAUCCACCCAGGCUUUCUCCAUUCAGAACAUAGGAGAACUCCUGAAGUGUGUACAGAAGUUCAAAAAAGACCUAUACAUAGAGAAUUGCUCAAAGAAAAAACAAAGGAGACCUAUCCAAAUAGCAUACAGCGUGAACCGAAAUGGACUGUCAGACAAUCUUUACCAGAACCCCACAGUGAAUUUGAGCAUAACAUAAGGAAAUACAAAGAUGAAAUUCUUCAGAACAGUCUUCCGCAUGAGCAGAGGAAGGUUCCAGAGCAAAGGUUCUUAGAAAACGAAUACCCUCAUGUGGAAGAGAGGCUAGAGGAUCAGAGGCAUGCCAUGCAAGGGAACAGAUUUCCUCCGAACCAGAAACAGUUCCUACAGCAAAAGUGUGCUGAGCUGCAGAAACGUGGUGAACCAGAGAAGGAUGCGCAGUUGCUUAAGUGCUUUGACUGUGGAAAAACAUUCAUCCAGGAGAGUGACCUUCACCAGCACUACAUGGCCCAUGCAAGGGGUGACCUUUAACCUUUUGUCAUUUAACAGAAAUGUUUAACAUCAUGGCCAAUGAUAAUUUUUAUAUGGUAAAGGGGAGCACACAUAAAGAACAUUUUGAAUAUUAUUGUAGAAAGAAAUAGAACAGGGAUUUUAACAGAAUGAUUGAAGCGAGAGAUAUAUUACUGUGGUUUCAAACAGGAUCAUUCCUAUACUGGAUGAAAAUUAUAGUAAUUUUCUAUAAAAAAAUGCCAAGAAAUGUAUGAUUUGGUAUCUUACAACAUGUAAGAAGUUUAGUUGUCACUAACUUUUGUAUUACAUUCAUGAAAUGAUUAAGUCAGAAAUGUUCAAUAGAUAGAUAUUUAGCUCAAAAGGAAAAGGGCCAACAGUUUACAGAUUGUCUGUGUGGGAUAAAUCUAAAAGAGUAGUAUUCUUUAAAGUAUUCGUUUUCAUAUCCGUGCCAAGUGCGCAGCCAUCCUAUAAACAGACUUUUUCUAAAGAAUAGGUACGAGAACUGUAAGUUAAAGGCUAUUUUAAGCUAGAAACAGAGCAUGCUUAAAAAAAAGUUAAGCGAAUUAUUGGAAAUUUAAGGUCAUUGAGUGAUCUGAUUCUGAAUGCUUGCUCUUAAAAGAGCAGGACCAUUCCUGCUAAUGAGACAAUUGCGAAACUAAAGUGUAGUAGAUAGUUGUGUGUUUUCAUUCAUUUAUUUUUUAAUGUUUAAAGCCGUAUGUACCAAAAUUUAAAUAUUUAUUGUGUUAUAUAUAUAUAUAUAUAUAUCACUGUAUGUGCGUGUGUGUAUAUAUACCUAUAUACAAUAUAUAGAUAUAUAUACACUGUAUUUAGCCAUAUGUAAUUAAACUGAACACAAAGUGUUUUGCUUUCAGUGUAGAGUUUAAAUGGCUCUCACAGUAAAAUGAGGCAUUACUAAAUGUGCAUGUACAGUAGACACUCAUUUCAUCCAUUUCUUUGGUCAUUCAUUUUUUGCUGGGAAUGUUUCCAACCAUUUAAUUUUCAUCAGUCAGUCAAAGAAACUUGCACCACUUAACAUUAUCUAGAAGCACCCUAUGUGUGUGUGUGUUCCUCUGUGUAGCAAGCUCUUGAAUGUGGCCAUUAAAUAAUCUAUAUUUUCAUGCUCUCAUCAUAAAAAGCUUAUUUGUCUGCUUGUUCAUAAAUAUUUGAUCAACAGGGUAACAGGUAUUAAAACCAUUGUUCAAUAGGCUUAAAAAUUUAGCAUUAAAAUAACAGACAUAUAUAUGAGAAGCCUUUAAUUGAUACCUCAGUAAACACAGUAUGAAAAUAUUUUAUGGUUCAGCUUCAGCUUUUGACUUGGAUUUAUAAUUUUUAGUCAUGCACCCUUUUGGGUGGACAAACACAAACUGUGAAGUUUUUUUGUUAAUGAAAUGUUUCUUAUUAAUGUAUUGGAUUAUGAAUACAUUUUCUAACCAGUUAAAACAAACAUGUAAUUAGUCAACCAAUCCGUGUCUACCUGUCUAAUAGCUUGUAUUUGCAUGACUUUAAUGAUUAUCUAUAAAUAUGUUACUCUAGUCUCUUAUUAACUAAUAAGAAAUUAAGUAGCUAGGAUUCUAGCAGUACUGGUCCUUCAUAGACUAAAGAGGUGACAUAGGUUUAUCUUAAAGUUCGACCUCAACCCUUCCACUUAAAUAGACUACAUUAAUAUGAGGAUUUGUCAUCCAUGGUGCAGUGUUUGCAAAGAUUACAAUGGCUAAGCUUAUGGCAGGAGAGCAAGUACCACAAAAUUUUCUUCUAAGCACAAAAAAUAAUUAGCCAAAAUACCUUGUCUUAAGAAAAAAAUAAGUCUGAAUUUUCAUUCUUAAUUUACUAAACAAAGUUGAUGUGGUAUGCUGCCAAAAUGUUAAGUGUGUUAAAAGCAUGACUUAGCGUUCACGUUUAUGUUGCAUGAGAUACUUUGACAAUGAUUUGACAAUCUGCUGCAUUACAAUUUUUAUUAGUUUAUAUAAUGUAAGUUUAUCUGUGUGUGCCUAUUAAGUCCUUUAAAUCAAGUUUUUACCGUUAAAAUGUUAGUAUUAUCAUUUUACAGAUGCAGUUACUAACCUUGAAUGUUUGUUAUACACUAUUAAAUAGACAACAUGGCCCUUGUUUAUCAAAAUAAAUUAGAAAUGUAUCUAAAUAAAUGCUUACAAAGAUUUAGAUUAAACGUACAGUGCACAAGCAUGCUUAUAAGAAAUAAUUCUUACUGAGCCUAACUGCUCUUUUUGCAGGUGCUUGUGUAUGGACAGUUUGAUUUGCUUAUGCCUGUGUUACAUCUUAUAAUGUGAACUAAUGCCUUAAAAAUUGUAAUUAAUUUAUUAUUAGCAACAUUAAAUAAAGUGAUAGUUCUGAAAACCGUCCAAAACAGAAAACCCCUGUCACAGCUAACAGCAGAUGACUUUAGCAGAAGUAAAAAUCCAGUGCAUAAGUAUACCUCAGAAAAACAUAUUACUAGUACUGCUUUAGUGUGCACAUGUUAAAGUGGACAGAGUUCAGUUCAUUACAGUAUUGUGCAUAUUCUAAUGUACAAAUAACUAGUCACUUCAUUCAACUGGUGUAGCAUGCACCAAUUGAUGCAGUUGCUUAUAUGACUUCAUUUGAUUGAUUCUUUUUAUUUGAAAAUGUUCUACUUUAUGGUUAAAAAGUGAUAAAGAAAGGUAACAUUUUUCAAGUGCAGUACGUUAUUCUGAUGUUUAUAACGGAGGUAAGGCAGUCCUGGAAAUUGGAUCUGGAAUAUAUGUGAUGGUCUGGACAUAUUGGUAGUUUCUCCAUAUGUAGUUUGGUAGUUUCUCCAUAUGUGGUUGAAGCUUUGUCUUGAUCUUUAGAUUUAAGAAUUAUUGGCAUGCUGUGCUAUAAGGGUGAUGAAAAUUUCACUUGGUACAACUUUUUUUUUUAUAUAAAGUUCAAGCAAAUUUUAGGAAAGCUCACAAAACAGACCUUAAGUGAAUCAUAUAAUUGUGGACCAUGGUUGAAAUUAAAGAAGAGUGCUUUUUAUGAAAAUCCAGGUAGCCCUUGUUUAUGUAACAUAUACUAUAUGGGAAUCGGCAAUAAACUACCGAGUCAUGAAGCUGAAGUGGAAAUAAUUAAAACUUUUGAAAAGUAUCUAGAUGAGUUAUUAGGAGUGUUGUGGACAGAAAAGCGUAAUUUUGUUUGUCAAACCUCCUAUUUUUAUAACUUGAUGUAAAUGCUGACAUAUAUCAAGUACUGCAUAUGCUAUUUUUGGGCUCACUUUCUGUUUAAGAUGUCAUAACUGAAACGCAAAAGAAAUUAGAGCUAUUGGACUCUGUCCAUCCUUGCUUUUGUUUGCCUAACUUUCAUUAUUCUGUCACAAAAUAAUGUUUCACGUCUGGUCAGAUGUGUACGCUAGUUUUUAUUUUUUCCACAUAAAUUUGUGGGAAUCUAUACAUAUGUAAUAAGUAUACAGAUUAAUAGUAACGGGUAUAAGAAAUCUUUACAGAACCCUUUGGAAUGACUUGGAUUUCUGCAUUAAUUACUCCUAUAACUAUUGUCUUUAACUAAGCCACAAUAGUAGUCAAACAUAAUCUGUUCAAACUAAUAAUGUGUAAACAAUUGUGCUUCUUCCUAUCAAAUAGCUUGUUUAUAAAUAUUUCAUCAAUAGAGUAAAAGAUGUUAAAAAGAGAGUGUAGUAAUCUUUAAAUAUGUUGUCAAUCCUAAACAUGCAUAGUACAGACGGGUAAAACGUGAUCCUCUAUAAUACUGUUUCUAAACCUUUUUUAUGUGGUGUCUCCCUUUCUGUAACCAGAAGCAUCCUAAGGCACACCACUGUUCUACUAACCACAAUCACUUGAUGUCUCAUACACAUACUCAACUGUCCGAAGAGGCAGGACUACCUGAGAAGCCAGUAAAAAAAGAAGCUCCGAGAUUAGAGUUUGCAGACACAGCACUUAGUGAGCACUUCGGGCACAUCUCCCAGCAACUUCAUCUGUUUGCCUGCCCCUCCGUACCUCAUAGCCAAGUUGCGUGCCCACUGUCCACUGGCCCUUUGAGACUUUCUGGCACCACACACCAAACCAGAUGGACUGUAGAAACCAGGAGACGCUUCCAGUGUGCUCAAGCACAGUGACUGCAACACAGUGAUCGUAGAUCUGCUUUUAUGCUAGCCUCUCCAAGUAGUUCUGCCGUCUUCUGGCAUGUCUAGACCACCUGAGGAGCUUGUCCCUCUCAGAUUCAGACCCAGGUGUACUACACUAUUUUUUCCACAGCACACCUGAGUAGCUCUCAUGGUGCAUCACUAAUACCGUGUCACACUGGUUGAAAAACCCUGCUCUCCACUAAUGACUUUUUCAAAAGCAAACUGGAAUUAGGCGCUCAAAUCAAUAAGUUUCUGUUGAAUGUGCCCAGCCCUACCAGUUAUUCUCUUCUAGUGCCCUAUAGCAAAAAUAUCAUUCCAGAGGUUUUGCAAAGUUUUCUUGCAACUGUAUAUGCAUAGUUGAUAAAUGAGGGUCCAUUUUAAAAUAUGCAAAUAUGUACAGCUGAAGCCACCAUCAAAAAUGAUAUAUUUAUGAAAGUGAGGGGUGAAAAUAUACAUAUGACUAGUUUUACUCAGUUUAAGCCAGUAUUUCUACUUCACACAUUGGAAACAUUCAGCUGAUCUGGCCAACGAUAAACAUCUCCUCUGAAAGUUGUUUCAUGGAGGAUACUUGUGAACACUCUAAUCCUUUAAAGCUGUGCUAUGCAUCAGAUACAGCAUUAAGCAGUGCAGCAGUCAGACACCAGCUAUUGAUCAUUAAUAUAUAUUUACUACUGGCAGUUUAUUUAUACAUCACACAAGAUGUUUCAAAGGUUUCCUCUGCAAGCCCCCAGUCAUAAUGUGCACAAUGACACUAAUAAAUGCUUGGUACAACAUGCCGACUUCUCUGCUUUUCCUUUGGUAGAAUCAUUUUGUCCACAAAACAUUCAUUGUUUGCCACCACAUGAACUUUUAAUCCAUUUUAAAUUUUGUCUGUCAAGACUCAGCACUUUGGAAAAGGCAGUUAUUCUGAGAUAAUUAUUUUGCAUCAGGUAUAUUUUAAGAAAGUACUUUAGUUUGAUCUCUUUCAACCACUUUUCAGCUGGCUGUGCAAGUAUGAAGACUGGAAGUUUUAUUAAGUAGAAUUUUUUUUGCCAGUGAAAUUUAGUUUACAAUAAUUUAGACAGACAGGCAACUGCAAAAAUUUAAAGGUAACAUCUGACCUGUAUUUAUUUUGUUUGAGUGGAAUCCACAUCAGCAUGGAAGACAAUUUGAUUUAUUACUCUGAAUUGGCUCAUAUGAAUGUGUCUCCGUAGGGGUGUAUGCAUAAAUGUGAAUAAAAUGGUUUAUUUAAAUACAUUGUCAGCAGGGUAAAAAAUGAGACUCUAAUGUGUACAUUUAUAAAAUAACCUGUGCACAUCUCAUUUCUCAGUAGCACGUAUCGUUUUUUUGUGCAGAAUCAUUCUAACUUAGUUUUUCUUUAAGCAGCAACAUAGCUUAAAAAUAUUUAUUUUGACAUCAUUUUACUGCAUCAUGCAUGCUUGGCCACUUAUAUAUAUACUGCACAAAAUCAAUGAAAUCUGGCUAGUGAGGGGAGCAAAUACAUUUGAAAUAAUUCAGGUGUAGCCACAUAAAUUGUUAACAUUUCCAGAUGUUGACAUUUUUGGCUUAUAAAACUUUGUUACAUUCAUUUUGAAAUUCUAGUAGUUUUCUACUGUGUUAAUAUUGUGGUAAAAUGUUUUGGAUAUCUCCACGAAACAGGCAUGCUUCUAAUAUAUUGAAUUAAACAAUAUAAAGUCAGAUGAUUUUCCUCUUGUACCAUUUACUUUUAAAGUGUUCGGCAGUUCACCUGUAAUAAUAAUAAUAAUACAUUUUAUUUAUAUAGCACCUUUCCCAUGCCCAGGGUGCUUACAAAGCAACAUCUCUUUAACUUAGCUUACCAUUUUCAUGUGAUUUCUGUUUAUUCAUGGACUUGCUUAAACCCAAAUUUUAAAAUGGAAUUUGAAGUGAAAGCAUUUGAUGAGAACACACAAAUCCGUCAUUAAUGCAGUAGGUGUCCAUGUGAUUUACUGAAUUAUUGCAUAGCUUUAUUUUUUGUAACUUUUUUUCAAAGUUUGAGGUUUUUUUUUUUUAGUUUUUGUGUGCUUCAGAUUUUGAAAAUACAUUUUAAAAUCCAUGAGAACUAAAAUUUUUGUUGUGCAUGCUUUAAGUGCCAGUUUUUCUGAUAUUAACACAUUCCCAGCAAUGUCAGCAACAAAGCUCUGAGAGGUCCAGUUCAUAACUGAGUGUUUACUGCACAUGCAUCUUAUAUUAUUGUGAAGGGAAUAUAUAUGAUAAUUUCAUUUAAAUAUUACCAUACUCAUUUUAUAUUUUCCUUACCAUUUACACAGAAAUCUUAAAUGUUCAAGAAUUUAAAAAGACAGAUUUCUGAGUUUCCCAUUUAUUUUCAUUUUGUUUUCUAUUUUCUUUUUACAUUGCUCAGCAUUUUCAAUUUGUUUAAUUUCUGUGUUUUUUUCUUUGUUGACACCUUGCAAUAUAAUGCUUCAAUAACAUAAAGGACAUAUUGUUGGUUUUAAAUCUUUCUUGCCAUCAUGGACUUGCACUGGCUGUGCUCCGACCAGUUUUAACCCUCUCUAGCCAGUGUAAGCACUAUUAAACCAAAUUAAUGCUUGAUUACCUCAGAGCAUCAUCAAGCUACAUUAGGUGAGCUUUAUCCUCAGGACAGCCCUGCACCGGCCAGUUAGGAGCAUGACAGGUAUUAGAAACUUUAGUCUCUGUACCUAAUGAGCCAAGAGUAAAAGAAAUGGACUUUAGACUUUUCUAGGAACCAUGAGUGAAGUUGUUUUAAAAUGAACUUUUAUUACCAUCACAUUAUAAAAGUAGACUGUGGUCAUAUUUGUCAUUACUGUUUCAAGAAUAAUACCAUUUUACCUUUACAUUUGGAUGUUUGACUCUUAAAUGGUAUUUUUCUGUUUAAAUGUACAAAUGAGAAAGAAGAGCACUGCUAAUCACAUUUGUCUUGUUAUCAUUUGUACCUUCUGAAACUAGCAGCACAGAUUGAGAAUGGCAUUGCACACUAUGGAAAAUAGUGUACUGCCUCUCCCUGGAAGUAAAGAUCCAUAAUAUUUCAAACACACAACUCUACAGGUUCAUAAAGACUUAAGCUUAUGUUAAUUUUGCAAUCAUACUGAUCCAAAGUUAAUUAUAAGGGAACAAGCAUUCUAUCCUAUAAAAUGCAAUUUAUAAAGAGUUUUUUUUUUUUUUUUUAAUAAUGAUGUAGAAAGUAAUCCUUCCGCACCUCUAAUCAGUGAGGAACUAAACAGAAAGUUACAUGUAAAUACAGUUUUUUAAAAAGUUACUCUUAAUGGUCAUUAGAGAAGGCAAUGUCAGAAUAAUUCAUUUGUAUUAUACUAGGGACAGUUUUGUUCCAAAUAGUCAAGAAUAAUAAUUGGGCAGAAAUUUAGGAGGUCUGAGAAGAAGGUGGAACGAGCAGUCUUUUAGAAUGAACUGGUGAGAGAUGAGAGAAGUUAGACUGGUCAUAAUGGAAAUGAAUCCCAGUGAUGGCUCAAGGAUGACACCAAAGUUCACAGUUGAAUGAAACAGUUCAGAUCUUUUCAAUUAAAAGUAAAUCUUCAAAAAUAGCAUUUCCUAAUUCUGUAUGAUAUUUUAAAUCAUGCUUUGAAGCAGCAGAUUAUUAUGUGGCUCUGGGAAAAAAAAAAAAAAAAAUCUCUUAAAAAAAUCUGUAGGUGUUCCGGUGACAAUACUGUAAAGUUAAGACCCACAAAGUUGGACAUUUGCAGAACUGUUCUGUGCUAUAGUGAGUUUGACUUUCUUUUUGUCCUAAUUUAGUGGCAUUAUUGUACAGAACCCUUGUUAUUAAACUUUGUGGGACUUUUAGUUUGGGGAGUGGAGCAAGAGACUUACUUAUUUUACAGUGGAAUCAGGUUGAUGAUUUUGCCAAACAUUUUAAGUAUGUCCAGUAUUUAUUUGGACAUUGCAAUAUUGCAUCUGGGUUUUUUUUUUCUGUAUAUAAGUCACUCAUUGUAUAUGGCUAUUAUUACGUCUAGCAGAAAUAUAUAAAUAUAUUUUUUCUGUGUUUUUUUUAACAUUUCCAAAGUUAGGUCUGCAUUACAAACCACACUGUUCUGAAGCAAGCACAGCAUCACACCUGUGUUGGAGUUAAGCGCUUAUUCCUGAAAGUAACAGUUUGGUUUGGUGUGUUGACUAUGUUGAAAAUUGAGAAAAAAAAAAAUGCUAUUGUAUCUUUAUUAUACAUGUUUCUUGGGGGAAUUUAAUUUUCUUGUUAUAUUUUUUCCGUCUUAGAAGCUAUAUCAGCAUUUCUGAUCAUGCUGUUUCAAAUGCUCUGCUUUGAGAUCAAGCACAGUAAUGAAUCAUGGAGUCAAUAAGUUUGACUAAGACGCUGAAUACAUGUUUGUUCAAUGUGUUGGCAAUUUAAAAUGCUAUUAUAUUUAUCAUAAAUGUUUGUGGGGCUAAAAAACAGAAAAAAAAAAUACCCCUUUCUUGUUUUUAUUAUGUCUGUACAAAAAGUGAUGUAAUCAUUUUUUGUUUUAUUUCUGUAGUGAUAUGUAUUUGCUAUGCUAUUUGCGUCACUGCCAUAUUUUUUACUUGCUUAUAAAAAUGUUCAUUUAAAUGUAUAUGAAUUAUUUGAGAAUCACUUCUUACCCAGAGGGUUGUGUCCUGUGUA